AUGGAGACUACAGCGCAUUACCAGCCUGAAGGUCGAGAAUGGAUGGAGAAUCGAAAGUUUGAUCCUUAUUCACGCUACGGAGACGACAUAGAGCUGGACUUGAUUCAGGUUGUCGGCUGUGACAAAGACUGGGUCUACGUGGCAUGCGAAGACGAUCAUCCCUGCAGUAAUUGCGAGCGUAUUACGCCACAUAUCGACAGUAUAUUCAUUGCUGUUGACGGCGCCUGCAGAGGUAACGGCACGCCGGGUGCGAAGGCUGCCGUCGGAGUUUUCGUUGGCGAGACGUCGCCAUUUAACCAAAGCCUCCUACUAUGUCAAGCGCCCGCGACAAACCAGAUCGCUGAACUGAACGCCGGCAUCAUUGCACUUGAACAGGCAAUAGAUAUACUGCAGACCAAAGCGCUAGGUGAACACCCACUUCGUACAGUCGUCAUCAAGGCCGAUUCCGAGUACCUUGUCAAAGGGAUGACCGAGUGGGUGUUUAAAUGGGAAGACAACGGCUACAAAAAUGCCAAACGGGAUCCUGUCAAGAACUCUGAGCUGUUCAAAGAGCUGCACAGGCUUGUCAAGGUCUUGAAUACAUCUGACGUUGAGGUUUUGUUCUGGCAUGUACCGCGGGAGAUGAACAAAGAAGCCGACAGGUUGGCCAAUCAAGCAUUCAGAAGCCGCUCAUAA